AUGAAGAAGCAGAAGGACGCGGCGGAGGCAGCCGCCGCCAGAAAGAGGAAGAGAAAGGAACAGCACGAGAAGGAGUGCAAGAUUGCAUGCGCGGAGGGAAAGCCGCGGCCCGCCACGCCCGAGUCCACCGAGGAGGAGGAGGACGACUCCUCGGACGCCGAGCUCAACUUCUCGGACGACGACGAGGUGGCGAUAGGCGCGGGUUCCCCGCCGGUCUAUCGAGGGGCUGGCGAUGAGGAUGUGCUAGUGACGCUGGGUGAGGCGAGGCUCACAUCAGGGUCGUUGGUGGAUCCGCCUCUCGCAGGGGUGGGGCGGAGGCCGCCCGCGUCGACAGCGGGCGGGAGGUCGUCCGCGCCCGCGACGGGGCAGAGGUCGCCCACGCCGGGGGCGAGGAACAGAUUGCCCGCGCCAGCGACGAGUGAGAGGACACCCGUGCUUGUGGUGUCGACGGGCGGCGGAGGGUCCGUGGCGAGUGCGGAGACGCCCGCGCAGACGGCUUCAAGGCGCCAGGCCGACCCGAGGGUGGCGCCCUCAGGCCAGUCAUCGAGAGGCGUCAGCGUGCCGUGGGCCCGGAGGAGCGGCUCGUGCAAGCGCAGCAUGAGCGCCCGGUCAGAGUAA